UUCUGAGGGCACAAGAAGCACCAAGUGGCCUUUGACACUGCGGUGGUGACAGUGGCCCCUCCUCACCUAGUGAGCCAAAAAUGUGGAUUUUGGGGGACCCUGCCGCUCAUCAGCUCAGGGCUGUACUGCUGGCCCCGGUCUGGGGGUGCUGAGUAGCAGCUGUGGGAACACGCCCGCCCUGGCCACCUGCUGUCCCUGAACCUUUGCUGCUGAAGCCCUUUGUGGCUGCCUCUGCCCGUUAAGGAUGUACGCCCCCAUGGAGGGGCUGCUCACGGCCCUCCUGGUGGUGUUUGGGAUGGCAGUGGCCUUUGCAUCUAUACCUCGGAUCACCUGGGAGCACAAAGAGGUACAGCUGGUACACUUCCAUGAGCCGAACAUCUACAACUACUCGGCCUUGCUGCUGAGCGAGGACACGGAUACCCUGUACAUCGGUGCCCGGGAAGCGGUCUUUGCGGUGAAUGCACUCAACAUCUCCCAGAAACAGCAUGAGGUAUAUUGGAAGGUCUCAGAAGACAAACAAGCAAAGUGUGCAGAAAAGGGGAAAUCAAAACAGACGGAGUGCCUCAACUACAUCCGCGUGCUGCAGCCACUCAGUGCCACGGCCCUGUACGUGUGCGGGACCAACGCAUUCCAGCCGGUCUGCGACCACCUGAACUUGACAUCCUUUGAAUUUCUGGGGAAAAAUGAAGAUGGCAAAGGAAGGUGUCCCUUUGACCCAGCGCAUAGCUACACGUCCAUCAUGGUUGAUGGAGAACUUUAUUCUGGAACAUCAUAUAAUUUUUUGGGAAGUGAACCGAUCAUCUCCCGAAAUUCUUCCCACAGUCCUCUGAGAACGGAGUAUGCGAUCCCAUGGCUUAACGAGCCUAGCUUUGUCUUUGCUGAUGUGAUCCGGAAAAGCUCGGACAGCACCGACGGCGAGGACGACAAGGUCUACUUCUUCUUCACGGAGGUGUCUGUGGAGUAUGAGUUUAUGUUCAGGGUGCUGCUUCCACGGAUAGCGAGGGUGUGCAAGGGGGACCAGGGCGGCCUGAGGACUUUACAGAAGAAGUGGACCUCCUUCCUGAAGGCCCGACUGAUCUGCUCCCGGCAAGACAGCGGCCUGGUCUUCAAUGUGCUGCGGGAUGUCUUUGUCCUCAGGGCCCCGGGCCUGGAUCCAGUGUUCUAUGGGCUCUUCACCCCACAGCUGAACAAUGUGGGGCUGUCAGCGGUGUGCGCCUAUGACCUGUCCACGGUGGAGGAGGUCUUUUCCCAAGGGAAGUACAUGCAGAGCGCCACGGUGGAGCAGUCCCACACCAAGUGGGUGCGCUAUAAUGGCCCGGUGCCCACGCCGCGACCUGGAGCGUGUAUUGACCGUGAGGUGCGGGCGGCCAACUACACCAGCUCUCUGAACCUACCAGACAAAACGCUGCAAUUUGUCAAAGACCACCCUCUGAUGGACGACUCGGUAACUCCAAUAGACAACAGGCCCAAGCUCGUCAAAAAAGAUGUGAACUACACCCAGAUCGUGGUGGACAGGACCCAGGCCCUGGACGGGACCAUCUAUGAUGUCAUGUUUAUCAGCACAGACCGGGGAGUCCUGCACAAGGCUGUCAACCUCGAGAGUGACGUCCACAUCAUUGAGGAGACACAGCUUUUCCAGGGCCCAGAGCCUGUCCAAACUCUGCUGCUGUCUUCAAAGAAGGGCAAGAGGUUCAUCUAUGCCGGCUCCAACCUGGGUGUGGUCCAGGUCCCCCUGGCCUUCUGUGGGGAGCACAGCACCUGCGCUGACUGCGUGCUAGCACGGGACCCCUACUGUGCCUGGAGCCGUCAGACAGAUGCCUGUGUCACCUUGCAAGAGACUGAGGACCCCAGCAGCCAGUUGAUCCAGGAGAUGAGUGGCGAUGUCUCCAGCUGCCCGGAUAAAACUAAAGAGAGUUGCCGGCAGCACUUUUUCAAGUACGGCAGCACAGUGGAACUGAAAUGCUUCCAGAAGUCCAACCUGGCCCAGGUGUUCUGGAAAUUCCAGAACAGCGUGCUGAAGGUCGAGAGCCCCAAGUAUGGUCUCGUGGACGGAAAAAACUUGCUCAUCUUCAACCUGUCGGAGGGAGACAGUGGGGUGUACCUGUGCCUGUCGGAGGAGCAGGUCAGGAAUAAGAUGGUCUCCCGGGUGGUCGCCAAGCACGUCCUGGAGGUGAAGCACAUCCUGCCACGACCCGAGCUGCCCACCUUGCCAGCUGUUCAGACGGAAGGCAGCUGGAUUGUCCCCAAAGUGUUGGCAGCAUCCAUCCCAGGCUCCCCUCCUCCGACCCCAGCUGUGGAAGUCAGCUCCCCCAGGGCCGUCACCCCUGCACCCAGGCCCGUCACCCCUGCCCCCAGGCCCACGCCCACCAGCAUGUCCUGUGAAACAAAGAUCGUGAUCAACACGGCUCCCCAUCCCCUCCCCGAGAAGACCAUGUACCUCAGCUCCAGCGAUAACCGCCUCCUCAUGUCCCUCUUCCUCCUCUUCUUCGUCUUCUUCCUCUGCCUCUUUCUCUAUAACUGUUACCAGGGCUACCUGCCCGGACACUGUUUAAAAUUCCGCUCUGCUCUGCUCUUUGGGAAGAAGAAGCCCAAGUCGGAUUGUUGUGACCGCGAGCAGAGCCUGAAGGAGACAUUGGUGGAGCCGGGAAGCUUCUCCCAGCAGAAUGGGGAGCAGCCCAAGCCAGCCCAAGACACCGGCUAUGAGACAGAGCAGGAUACUAUCACCAGCAAAGUCCCCACAGACAGGGAGGACUCGCAGAGGAUCGACGACCUCUCUGCCAGGGACAGGCCAUUUGAUGUCAAGUGCGAGCUGAAGUUCGCAGACUCAGAUGCGGAUGGAGACUGAGGCCGGCCAGGCAUCCCCACCCGCGCCUCGGCUGUGACACGUCCAUGCUAGGGGGUUUUGUGACUCUCCCGUUUGGUAGCCGAGUCUUGUGUAGCACUGCAUAGGUUACCCCGUGUCGAGCAGCCAGCCUCAGUCCUCUGUCUGUUUUCUCUUGGGUUGAGCCUGUGACUUGGUUUCUCUUUGUCCUUUUGGAAAAUGACAAGCAUCACAUCCCACGGUCGGUCGGAGUGCUUUACGGAGUCCUGUGGGCAGUGGUGCGGGUUUACCUGAGCCCUUUUUGUAGUGGGGGAAGAUGAUUUGACCCCCCCUCCCGGCUGAGAUGAACACCCCUUCGGCUCCCCUCCUCACAGCAGCCACUAAAAGAUAAUUCAUUCCAGAUUGGAAAUGACAUUUUAGUUUAUCAGAUUGGUAACUUAUUGCCUGUUGUCCAGAUUGGCACGAACCUUUUCUUCCACUUAAUUAUUAUUUUAGAAUUUUGCUUUGAUUGUGUUCAUGUUGUAGAUCAUUUUUUUUUUAAUUACUG